UCCCACUCCUCUUUAUCUCGAUUUCCCACAAACAUAUAUACUUUGAUAGUUUGAUCAAUUCAAAAAUCCAUACUUACAUUAUACUACAUAUAUGAUAGCUUAACAAUUCAAUUAAUUUCAGAAACAUCAAACAUUGCCGCCAUGAGAUAUUUGGAAAUUCCGGCGAAUAUUUCCCGAGCAAGCAGCUGCGAGAGCACUCAAAGCACCACCAACAUCAUCCCCUCCUCCUUCGCCCGCUCCACCUCCUACGUCGACAUCUCCGACCUCGACUACGCGGAGGAGCUCUACCACCGCACCGUCGUCCACGGCGGCGACACUCCGUCCGCCGCCGCCGCCACCGCUGCCUUCCGCCGCCUCGACAAAAUCCGCGGCGGCCGCAGCGCCGUGGCCUCCUUCCUCCGAUCCCUCCUCUCCGUCCUCACAUUCCCCUCCUGCCGCCGCCCGAUCGCCUCCCCCGGCCGCCUCUCCAUCACCCCCCCCCUCGGCCGGAAGGUCACCGGAACCCUAUUCGGGCGGCGGCGCGGCAACGUCAGCUUCGCGGUCCAGUACGAUCCGAGAUCCGUCCCGGUUUUCCUGGUCGAAUUCGCGGUCUCCACCGCGGCGCUGGUGAAGGAGAUGUCGGCGGGGAUGCUGAGGAUCGCGCUGGAGUGCGAGAAGCCGCCGCGGAGAUCGGGGUCGCGGCUGUUCGGGGAGCCGGUGUGGAAGAUGUACUGCAACGGGAGGCAGUGCGGGCACGCGCAGGUGCGCGAGUGCAAUGAGUCGGAUUGGCACGUGCUGAGCACGGUGCAGAGGGUGUCGGUGGGGGCAGGGGUGAUCCCGGUGGUGGAAGACAAAGCGGCGGAGAAGGGCGAGCUGGUUUAUAUGAGGGGGCGGUUCGAGCGGGUGGUGGGGAACCGGGACUCGGAGGCGUUUUAUAUGUUGAACCCGGAUGGGAAUAGCGGACCGGAGCUCGGGAUUUUCUUGCUUAGGAUUUGAUGUAAUUAAUUAAGCUAAAUCAGAUUUUAAUUACGAUAUUAAUAUUUAGUGUUUUUGUUGGAUGACGGAGUAGGAAAUGCAGUUGGGUUGUGUGUGGUUUAGGUAAGUUUUUUCGCCCGUUCUGCCGACUUAGCCAUCCAGACAGACAGAGUUUGGCAGUUUUAUUCUUCAAUGUGUUAUGGCCUUUCUACUUUGUUACUUCUUCAAUAAAUGUUCACUUUGUGAAAUUA